AUCGAAUUAUUAUAUGGGAGUUUCGUCUUUAAGGCUGAUGUAACGCUGUGUUAGGAUAAUUGUUGCAUAGUGGAAUAAUCAAGCUGACUCGACGAUUGAGGGGUGAAGAAUAUGCUGCGAUCUGGCAACCUGGCAGGCAUAUUCACGUCGUGAUAAGUUGGUCCUGGAGAAGUUACCUGGCGGACGUGUUAUUGUGCAUGUGUGUGUGGUUUGGUGCAGUUUUCUUUUCCCCUCCUAAUGUCAUACACGUUGUUUUUAGGUGUAAAUGAGAUCGUGUUUGGAUUUCCAGUGGACAAAAUGGGACUUGGAGAAAGUUUUCAGAGAAGGACGUGGAUAAGAUGCUGCCACGCAGUCAUGGCUGCUCUGUGCUGAAGUGUGUUUUCUUAACUCUUUUUAUGAUUAUUAUUAUUAUUUCCACUUUGCAAUACACUUUGGAAAGGACAUCAGUUAAAAACAAGAACAGAAAUGAAGGUGAGUAAAUAUUUAAGAGGUAGCGGGAGGUUUCUGGCGUUUGUGUUCGUUGCUUCAGUGCUUUGGCUCCUGUUUGAUAUGGCAGCUCUCAGGCUGUCCAUUACAGACGUGAAUGGACAACUCAUGAAAGAUCUUGUGUUGAAAGAAAGACAAUUGGACAAAACACAAAAGACAGUUACUACGAACUUGAGGCGUUACCCUGUCCAAAAGGUGAACCCGGAUGUAGAGGCAUCUGAACGAUCAGAGCAGUUUAGGAGACAAGUUGGGGAGGUUUACAGGGGCAAAAAGCCUCGCAGGAUGAAUGGCGAGAAGAAAGCGAAGCCUGGUGUUCACGAUUUAGCCGGAAGUGACCCGAAAGUGGAUGUGGAUCAAAAUCAGAAUCCAUCAGUUCGAAAGAUCUCUCCAAUCCACAAAGUAACUCCAGGAAUCGCCACAGAAAAAGAAGUACUGGCAAAAACCAAAGCGCCAUCUCCUGGCCAGGAUGGAAAACACACCAAACUGCAAUCAAAUGGCACAAUACCACCCCAAACACCACCAAAACGACCCCCAAAGGACUCCCCUCAGGAUGCCAACACAUUCCAAAAGAUCGAACCAGAUGCACUGAAACACGCCGUCCAGACAAUCCAAAUAAUAAAUAAAGGAGAAUCUGUUGUUCGAGGUAACGUCACUGCGAAGCCACCACAACACCUUGUCAAUGCUUCAAGCAUCCAAACAAGAGAGCUUCUGAACUCUACAAGUGUGAGGAAAAAAGAUGGACUGCAUAAGGUCAUGAACCUCGACGUGACCAUCAAACCGAGGGACACGGAUGCGCCGGGGCAGUUCGGCUGGGCGGCCGAGGUACCUCUGGAUGAUCUGGAGGAAAGCAAACGCAGAUGGAGUGAGGGAUAUUUCAACGUGUUCCUCAGCGAUAGGAUACCUGUGGACAGGGCCAUUCCAGAUACACGGCCUCAAGAAUGCAUGCAGAAUCUAGUUCACGACGAGCUUCCUACAACGAGCGUGAUCUUCUGCUUCGUGGACGAGGUUUGGUCCACCCUGCUGCGCUCUGUCCACAGCGUGCUGAACAGAUCUCCACCUCACCUGCUCAAAGAGAUUCUGCUGGUGGACGACUGCAGUACAAAAGACUACCUGAAGGAAAAGCUGGAUGCCUACAUGGCACAGUACCCCAAAGUUCGGAUCAUCCGCCUCAAAGAGAGGCACGGGCUGAUCAGGGCGAGGUUGGCCGGGGCUGCUGAGGCAAAGGGUGAUGUCUUGACGUUUCUGGACUCCCAUAUCGAGUGUAACGUUGGCUGGUUGGAACCGCUGCUGGACCGAGUGCACAUCGACCGCAGGAAAGUCGCUUGUCCUGUUAUCGAGGUCAUCAAUGACAAGGAUAUGAGUUAUGUGAUGGUGGACAAUUUCCAAAGAGGCAUCUUCAAAUGGCCUUUAGUGUUUGGUUGGAGCACACUAUCAACUGACUACAUCCGUAAGAACAACAUCAAAGUCUCAGAUCCCCUCAGGUGUCCAGUGAUGGCAGGGGGGCUGUUCUCGAUAGACCGGAAGUAUUUUUAUGAGCUGGGAGCAUAUGAUCCAGGCCUGGAUGUGUGGGGAGGGGAGAAUAUGGAGAUCUCCUUCAAGAUCUGGAUGUGUGGUGGCGAGAUCGAGAUCAUCCCGUGCUCCCGCGUGGGUCAUAUUUUUCGCGGUGAGAACCCCUAUGCUUUUCCUAAAGAUCGCCAGAAGACAGUGGAGAGAAACCUGGCCCGCGUGGCUGAGGUCUGGCUGGACGAACAUAAAGAAAUUUUCUACGGCCAUGGCUAUCUGCACCUGCUGGAUAAGAAUUUAAUAGACAUCGGGAACCUUACAGAACAGAUCCAGCUGCGUAAGAAGCUCCAGUGCAAAAGCUUCAAGUGGUACGUGGAGAACGUCUACCCUGAGCUGGAGGCUCCACUGGCCAAAGCUGAAGGUCUUGUUUUUAACGUUGGCACAAGGAAGUGUCUUGUGCAAGAGAAAGGCUCUUUAUCUUUUGGGAUAUGUGAUCUAAGUAAACAGAGCCAGCAUUUCAGCUACAGCUGGGUGAGAACUCUCCGCCAGAACAACACUUGCGUGUCUGCACAAGUCGCGGAAAGAGGCGUGGCCUUGGAAGCAUGUGACAACACUAAGCCCCACCUCCGCUGGCUGCACAAGUCAAAUAAAAUUCUGGCAGAGCAUCUGAUCGCAGAGACACAUUUUCAGCAUUUGUGUCUGGAGGCAGGAUCUGAAGGAGACAUUGUUUCCCUAAAGCCAUGCGAUGGAUCCAGUCCCUAUCAGAAAUGGCAUUUCACACACUACUUUGCACAGUGAGCGCCGAAGACACACGAACUUUCCAUCUCACUAUGUCAGGAUGAAGACGUUCUGUUGCGUAGUACGCAAGUGAAGUAUGGGUAGAUGCAUGCAGAGAUAGCGUGUAAUGUUAAAAGGUCUGCUUCUAAAGCAGUAUUUCUUUUGUUUUUUCUUUUUUUAUUUGGUUAUUCUGUCCCAGGGGCAGCUACACUAAAUGAUCGUGUUUUUUGGGGGGACCAUUUUGUACAUUGUUCUGCUUGGUUGAAACAAGCAUGUGUAUUUAAAGUGCCUUAGUUAAAACAAAGGGAAAAAAAGGUACUGAAAAGAACACAUCUAAUGGUACUUUGUUCUUAUGAAAAAAAAAAUUAUUGUGGUACGAUGUUAGUGAUUUAUAAACCUCAUUAUUGUAGCACAAACACUAGAAAUGCUUUUAAUAAUAAUUAAAUUGUGUAUACAGCUUUAACACAAUCAAUAAACAACGUGUUAUGCUGUACAUGUUCUCUGACACUAGAGGGAGCUGUUUACAAUGUUUAUAAACAUGUUUGGAUUUUUUUUUUUUUUUUCUGCUCGUUCACUUUUCUCCUGGUGAUUCUGGAUGUUACAAAUAAAUCAAACUGACGUUAUUAAAACUUUUUUGUCUGUUUGCAGCGUUUGAAUAAAUAAUGGCACACUAUUAAAGUUGCAUAAUGCAUUUUCUAAAGUUAUAGUGGUUUAGGUAUUUUUUUUUUACAACAAAGUAAUUAUAAAUAAAAAAGAAUUAUGCAUAAUA